GGCGGGCCGGCCGCGCGCGGUGCGUUACGCCACUGGCAGCGCGCGGGGUGCACUCCCGCCGCCCUGUCCCCUCAGCGCCCCCUCAGACGCCGCACUCCGUUCAGGUCCGUGGUGACAGCUGUUGAGCAAUGGCAUUCAACAAGAUCUGGUGUACUGUAGCCCUGGGGCUUCUGCUGCCCGUUUCUUACGCCCAUACAGACUUCUUCACUUCCAUUGGUCAUAUGACAGACUUAAUCAACACAGAAAAAGAUCUGGUGGUGUCACUGAAAGAUUACAUUAAGGCAGAAGAAAGCAAGCUGGAACAGAUCAAAAAAUGGGCAGAGAAGUUGGACCAGCUGACAGACACUGCCACCAAAGACCCUGAGGGGUUUCUGGGACACCCUGUAAACGCAUUCAAGUUGAUGAAGCGGCUCAACACAGAGUGGGGUGAGCUGGAGAGCCUGGUUCUGAAGGACAUGUCAGAUGGCUUCAUCUCCAACAUGACUAUCCAGCGGCAGUUUUUCCCUAAUGAUGAGGAUCAGACUGGUGCAGCCAAAGCCCUCUUGAGGCUCCAAGACACAUACAAUUUGGACACAGACACCCUCUCAAGAGGGAAUCUUCCAGGUGUGAAGCACAAAUCCUUCUUAACAGCUGAGGACUGCUUUGAGCUGGGAAAGAUUGCGUACACCGAAGCGGACUACUACCACACUGAGCUCUGGAUGGAACAAGCUCUGAAACAGCUGGAUGAGGGAGAAGUGUCUUCUGCAGAUAAAGUCUACAUUCUGGACUACCUGAGUUAUGCUGUGUAUCAGCAGGGGGAUCUGGCCAAAGCCAUGAUGCUCACCAAACGCCUUCUGGAAUUAGAUCCUGAACACCAAAGAGCGAAUGGAAACAUGAAAUACUUUGAAUAUAUCAUGGCGAAGGAGAAAGAAGCAAAUAAGUCUGGUACAGAUACAGAAGACCAGGUGGAGAAGGAAACUGAGGUUAAGAAAAAGGAUUACCUGCCUGAGAGAAGGAAGUACGAAAUGCUGUGCCGUGGGGAGGGUCUCAAAAUGACUCCUCGGAGACAGAAGAGACUCUUCUGCCGCUACUAUGACGGGAACAGGAAUCCUCGCUACAUCCUGGGCCCUGUCAAACAGGAGGACGAGUGGGACAAGCCUCGGAUCGUUCGCUUCCUGGACAUCAUCUCCGAUGAAGAGAUAGAGACUGUGAAAGAGCUGGCAAAGCCCAGGCUCAGCCGUGCUACUGUUCAUGACCCUGAGACUGGGAAACUGACCACGGCACAUUACAGAGUCUCUAAGAGUGCCUGGCUGUCUGGCUAUGAAAGCCCAGUGGUGUCCCGCAUCAACACAAGGAUACAGGACCUGACAGGACUUGAUGUCUCCACAGCAGAGGAGCUGCAGGUAGCCAACUACGGAGUAGGAGGCCAGUAUGAGCCUCAUUUUGAUUUUGGAAGGAAAGAUGAGCCAGAUGCUUUUAAGGAAUUGGGAACAGGCAACAGGAUUGCUACUUGGUUGUUUUAUAUGAGCGAUGUGUCAGCAGGGGGCGCUACCGUCUUUCCUGAAGUAGGAGCGAGCGUGUGGCCCAGAAAGUCUCCAACAAGUGGCUCCACGAGCGGGGACAGGAGUUCCGGAGGCCGUGCACUUUAUCAGAGCUGGAAUGAUGCAGCUGCUGCCUGCCUGCCCUCGACUCAGUGGGUGUAAAAUGCACACAUCUCCUACAGUUUACAAUUGACUAACAAACACUCCACUACAGGUUCACUCCUCAACUACGCCGGUGUUUCAUCUGUGGACAUAACAAAUGUGCUUCUAGUUCCCUCAAAUUCCCCCCCUAAGGUUUCAUGAACAGAAUAUAUUAAGGUAUCUGAGUGUUACAAAACAAGAAAAGGACAAAAUACAGAGGAGGGCCACAAGGAACAGUGGUGUUGUGUGUGGUGUUCCCUUCACCAUGCCCCUCUGGCCAGCACAGAAAGCUGGGGGUCGUUGUUCCUAGAGUCCUCCUCAGGACUGUCAGUCUGCUGAGGGCAGGAUGAUUUUAAGGGUGGGUUCCAUUCCCCACCGGUUCCUACUCCUCAAUUUCCAGACAUUUGACUCCUUGCUUUGCUGGAGUGCCUGGCCACUGCUGCUGAGAACUGCAUGGUUGGUGUUUCUCCAGGGAACAGCUUCUUGCCCUGUUCUAGCCUGGUUUUCCACUUCCCCAAAAGCCCCCAUGUUUUGUCUUCCUCCUCAGCCUCUGGGGGGAAUUGGAAUCUUCCCUUGGCAUCAUGAGCCAGCAGUUUCAUACUCACAGUGAGCUGCUUCAGCAGUGUUGUGCCAAGCACAGGCCUGCAGCAGAGCAGCCUGAACAAUUACAGCUCCUCUCUUCCCUUCUCUUUCUUUAAUCUCUAUCCCCAACAAGUAGUCAACUCUUGCAUCUGGCCCUUGGGCAGUGGGGAUGGGAACCUUUCCAUCUUCACUCAGCAAAACACUUGUGCUUUGGGACAUGGAAUUUCUAAUUGGUUAUGGAACUUUGGUGCUGAGGCAAUACACAGUCCUCCCACAAUGCCCCCUGCCCAUCCUGCCUUCUCUCCAGGCUUUGGGAGGAGCAGAGGGGCCUAGUUACAGUCCUGAAUCUUUUCCAGAUGCUUUUUCUUUUGCAGAGGGUGGGGGUGCUGCAUGCAGACUGCAGCAGUGCCAUGCCUACAGACACCAGGUGACUGUUAGCACAGGGGGCCCAAGAUGGUGCCUGCUCUGGCUGGUUUGGUGGUGCUCACCUCCCAGGGGCUGCCCCCACUGCAGUGCUGCGCUUUGUGCCACCUCCCUCUCCUUCACUGUCGCUCAUGAGCGAGGCCGUGCUGGGAAGGGGCCUCUCGCAGAGGCUCUGGUGCUGCUCACUUCACAGCUGCUCUCCCAUGAGCCAGGGCUGGAGCUGCCCUGAUUCAUGCCAUCCACACAGCCAGAGAGUCCCGAGGCAGUUCUCAGCAAUCUUCAGGGACCUUGCCUUGUGACGAGCCAUCCUCACACUGAGAUGAAGUUGAAACCUCUGAAGGAGAUGAGACUGUGGCUGCUGAGCUUGAGGUCCUGCAGGAGAAGUAACUCUGUCCCCCUGUUCCUGCAGAGGAGCAGGCUGGGGAGAGGCUGCAGGGAGGUUUGCUGCUCUUCAGCAGCAGAUCCUGUACCAAAAUGUUGUCUGCAUGUUCCACUGGCACCAGGGCAAGAAUCAAAAUGAGCUGCACUGGGCUCCACCUGACAGUCUGAUCUUCUGCAUGAGGGGGGUUCUACUGAUUUAGGGGGUCAGCCUGAAGUCUGUACCAAGGGGAAAAAAUAGCCAGUUUUCAUUAAGUCCAUGUUUAGCCUGAAUAAACUCUUGACAAUUGAGCCAGAACGUAGAUGAAACUCAACUGUAAGGUGUUAGAAAUACCUCUGGAAGACCGAGAGUGCAGUGUAAGGUACUAAGAGUGGGAGAUAACUCUGUACUUUCAGAAGACACUUUAAAACCUUUGCUGGAAAAUGCAUUGUUAAACCUCUACUGAGCCUGUUCUUAGCUUUGGGAUCUACCUACCUGCUUCACCUUAGCCCUGCACCUUCCUGCCUUCCCCCCUCCUGUGCUUUGAGGCAGAUGUGAAACAAAAGCCAUCCAGCCCUUCAGGAAACAAAUAAAAAGACAACUCAGAACCAGUUCCACCUCACUACUGUACUGCUCAUUUUGUCACAGGAGCUGGCACACCAGAGCAGUAUCCCAUAGAGAGUCACCAAAGAAAGAGGUUCUCAGAGCGAGUUCUGUGGCUAAAUUGGAGUCAUUAACCAAAGCAAUCAUAUUGCUGCUUCCUUACCUGAUUUUCUCCCUCUCACACAGUGCCAUUCAUCUCCAUUCCCAGCCACAGGUUUCUCUUUCCCUUUUUCUCUCCUUAGGCUCCAAAAGAAAAGGGCAACCAUGCCUGCAGGCAAGUCCCACUGCUUGGCUGCAGGUAGCAGAGCACAGAGAACAAGGUGGUGCAGGAGCCUUAGCCCUGGAGAAUGACUUUUCUCUCCAUAGCUCUGAGGCAGCUUUAAAAAGCUUUUCUAAAAGCAAAAACCAAACCACCAAACAAAUCAACCAAAACAAACCAACCAACCCAGAAACUGGGCUCUUAGCCCCACAAACACCUUUAGCAAACAGCAGCUGGGGUUGCUGCUAGAGAAAAGCUGGGUUUGGUUCCUGAAGUGGGUGGUUACUUGGUGCAUUAACAGCAUUAAAAGCUGAAAAUUGCAGCAUUCACUUCAGAGAAAUAGUGACUACAAACAGGGUCUGAGUGCUGUAGGUACUGCUGUAGGUAC